AUGGCUGUUGAGCUGACAUCUUCAUGGAAUUAUGAGAAAGCUGGUGCCAGCCCUGGAUCGCAGUCUUCACAGCUCAUGUCUUCUCAAGGAACUCAUCUUGGAAAGCCAGACUGUAACUCUGAGAAUUGGCAUGUGACUUUCCGAUCAUUUUCAUGGUCAGAAGACACUGACCCUAUCAGGGCUCUACAGAGACUCUGUUCAGUCUGUUAUCUGUGGCUGAGGCCGGACCUUCACACCAAGGAACAGAUUCUGGACAAGCUAGUGUUGGAGCAAUUCAUGGUCCACAUGCCAGUGAGUCUCCAGAUCUUAGUCACAGAAAGUGGAGUAGAGAAUUGCCAAGACCUGGAGAAGAUACUGAGAAAUAACAGGAGACUCAAUCCAUCAGGACAGAAACUUCCGCCUGAGACGAUUUCUAUAAAAGGUGAACUGGAGAGUCUGAGAUCUGAGAAAAACUUGGAAGAAAAUCUGAUGCCAGACAGAAACAGAUCAACAUUAGGUGAUGCCCAAGAGCUUCUGAAGGGUCCUGAUCAAGAGUCCACAAGACGUUCACCCUAUCAAUGUAAAUAUUGCAAGAAAAUGUUUAUUUAUAAAUCUCAGUUUGACAUCCACCAGAGGACACACACAGGAGAGAGGCCCUUUAAGUGCAGUUCUUGUGGGAAAGGCUUCAUACAGCCCUCAGAUGUCCGUGUCCACCAGCGAAUCCACACAGGGGAGAAGCCAUUCAAAUGCGACAUCUGUCACAGAGAAUUCACCCACGAGUCCACCCUGCAUGGCCACAAAAGGGUCCACACAAACGAGAGACCUUACCAUUGCACAGUGUGUGGGAAACGCUUCAGCCAUAAGGGGAACCUCAAUGUUCAUCAACGAAUCCACACAGGAGCAAAGCCUUACGUCUGUCCCCAAUGUGGGCACACCUUUCGUCAGCUUGGAACUUUGCAACGCCACAAAAAAAUGCAUUUGUAA